AUGGAUAGCAUAAAAGCUGAAGAUAACAACUUUGCAUUACCACCUGCCAGAGAUUUGUUGAGAACCUCAUCUUUGUCUGUUGAAGAGAAAGACGACAAGAUGAUGAUUGAUGAGCCAUUCAUGGAGACAACAGAUGCAAAACCAGUUCUGCCUUCCAUGCAAGCAAUUUCAUCUCAAACAGAUGACUAUAUUCGACAUCGUAUGUCAGACAUGUCUGUAUCUCAGCAGCAACAGCAACAGCAGCAGCAGCAGCAGCAGCAGCAGCAACCACAGCGUCCAUAUGACUCAGCAUUGGCGACUACAAAGCCAUUAUCGCCCCUGGAACCAAGCUCACAGCAAACAUACUAUGAACAGCUCUCAUACUCUCGAAGGGGUUCUGCAACAGACCCAGCCGCAUUUCACAAUCACAACUUCCGCAGACCCUCCGUCACAGACAUGAGCAAUUUGCCCCUACCAAAUUCAACAGUGGUGAGUAGAAGAGGGUCCAUUGCAACAACAGAUUACGACUAUUCAUCAAGAUCUCCAUCUCCUUCACCUUUUACUUCUUCCAAAAGAUAUCACGAGAACGACGCAGCUGCUCCUCAUCCUUAUGCAUUCAAUAACAGUGGUAGACGGGAUUCUCUGCCCAGCAACAAUUUGCAUCACCAUCAUAUUUCAAACGGCAACAGUAGCAGCAACUCAUAUGAGCCCUACCAAAGAAGACAUUCAAUUGCUACUGCUGAACCCACCUACAACCACAGUAACAGAAACAGCGUACCAUCAUCCACCAAAUACAGAGCCUUCAAGUUUCCUGCAACUAUUCAGGAAUCGCCCAAUUACAGAACCUACUCUGCACCUCCUAGCCCGCCGCAAUCAGCAUUAGGCAACGUGGGUCAUCAGGAGCUCAUGCAUGAAAACAGAGACUUGAAAUACAAUGGUACUCCAAGCAGAAAAAAUAGCAUCAGUCGACUACCUUAUACCUCAAACAGUAACAGCAGCAGCAGUGGUGGUGGUGGCGGUGGCCCUCUGUUGCCUUCUCGUCGUAGACCUUCUAUCCUGGACGACUUGAAUGAUGGGCCUAGUGCUGAACAUUUACUCGUAAGAAGAGCAUCCAUGCCAGUUGUCACAUCAUUGCACCGUGGCCACUAUGACAGAUCGAGCAUACCGCCCCCACCGCCUUUACCUCAACAGCAACAAUCCAGGCUCCAUGAGCUGAGAAACGAAGAUGCCAGUGAACCCUAUAUCAGUAGACAUGGGCCUAUGAGCGAUGGCAUGAUGGAAGAGGAGAAAAGAAAGGAAACUCCUUAUUCCCGCUCUCCAGAGCUACGCAUUAGUCAUAAAUUAGCCGAACGUAAAAGAAGAAAAGAGAUGAAGGAUUUGUUUGACGAACUUCGAGAUUCCUUGCCAGUGGAGAAGAACAUGAAGACAAGCAAAUGGGAGAUUCUUAGCAAAGCCGUAGAGUAUAUAUCCCUAUUAAAACGUCGUGAUUAUGAUAUGGAGGCUGAAAUCUCAGGACUGAGACGUGAGAUUGACAUGAUUAAAAGAGAACGAGCAAGUUCGAGCCAUAAGCCGCCAUUUGCAUGA